AUGGCGGACGCGAAGGAGAAAUUGGCGCGUUUCACGAGUUGGUUGGGUUUGGCUUGUGGCGUGUUGUCUGUUGUUGUAUUCUUCUUCUUGAUGCCUGCGGUAUCGCCGCGUGUCGUUGUAUACGAUGAAAGUUUCACAAAGGACUACAACCGUUACACGUGGCGCUUCGCGAUGUUUUCGUUUGUGCCUGAUGUGUUUGUUGACAUUUGGACGCCGUUUGUUAUGGGAAUGAUAUCAAUUUUCUGCCACUUUGGGGAGUUCAACUUUGACUGGAUGUGCAAAACCUAUGCACAUUUCUUUGUCUGGAACUUCGUUAUGGCCCUUUUUGGCCAAAUCGGAUACUCGGGCAUCAUAGGCAUCAUCGCCAGCGCCUUCACUCUGCUCUGCACUCUUCUCAGCCUUAUUUGUGCCUUCCUCGUCAAGGAUCAAAGCGCCAAGCUGCAGAUCACGCAGCAGAAAUGA